AAAAGUGUAGUUAGGAGCUAAUUAGAGAAAAGAACGGAAACACUGUAAAGCAAUACAUAUAAUUGAAUUUACUUACUUACAGCAAGUUGCUUUCGUACCUUACCAAGAUGGCUGCCUUUGGGGUACACGAAGCCUACCAUGUGACUAACUGGUGACUGUGUAACAGUACAGUAGUCAAACAUAAUGCUAAGGCGCUGUGUUCCAUUUUAUAACCCUCUUUGCAUCUGUAACUCAGUAAGGACUUCCUUACAGGGUGCUAAAGUUCCUUCAGCUAUAGCCAAUUAUGGUCAGACACAGGGGGGGCAUAUGGAGUUCAAUUGAGGUACUCAGCCUUUCAGUUCCUACAUCAGCUGUCGGCGUGUGUGGUAAAGUCCUGAAAUAUUUGCAGACUUCCUCCAGGUGUUUGUCUGGUGCCAAAAAUAUCAACAUGGAAAAGGAAGAGAUCGAAGAAAGAUCCCCAUUGGGUGAGAUGGAAGAGCAGGUGAAGGAGGAGCAGGCCGGUAUUAGCAGCAGCAGCAGCAACACAGAGCCAGUCAGAAGGGUGGAGGUGAUGAAGAAGCGUGGGAGCUCCACACAGGACUCGAGGAGGAGCAGCUCCUCUCGCUCCUCCAGAAAGAGCUUCCGCCUCGACUACAGGCUGGAAGAGGACGUCACUAAGUCGAAGAGGGACAAGCACGGCCGCUUCGUCAACCCCUGGCCCACGUGGAAUUCACCUACCUUGUACAACGUGCUGAAAUGGCAGUUCACAGAGAAGGACCACAGCAAAGUUCCCAGCUCUAAAGAGGUGCUUGACAGGGAGCUGCCAGUGCAGGAGCCCUACUUCAUUCAGAACCCUCAGCUGGCUGGCAAGACAGGUGCAGGGAUGAGAGCCACAUGGCUGGGACACGCCACUGUCCUGGUAGAGAUGGAUGAUCUGACCUUCCUGACUGACCCAGUAUUCAGCCAAAGGGCCUCCCCCUUACAGUUUAUGGGACCUAAGCGUUUCCGGGGCCCCCCCUGCUCAGUGGCCCAGCUCCCUAUGAUUGACGCCGUGGUCAUCAGCCACACCCACUACGACCACCUGGACUCCGGCUCAGUGGCCAGUCUGAAUGAGCGUUUUGGCAGCGAGCUGCGCUGGUUUGUGCCCCAGGGCCUCAUGGACUGGAUGCAGAAGUGUGGCUGCGAGAAUGUCAUUGAGCUCGACUGGUGGCAGGAGAACUGCGUCCCAGGCCACGAUGAGGUCACCUUUGUGCUCACCCCAGCACAGCACUGGUGCAAGCGCACUCCCACAGACAAUAACAGGGUGCUCUGGGGAAGCUGGUCCGUCCUGGGACCUGGCAACCGCUUCUUCUUCGCUGGGGACACAGGUUACUGUUCAGCCUUUGAGCAGAUUGGAAAACGGUUUGGCCCCUUUGACCUGGCAGCUAUUCCCAUUGGAGCAUAUGAACCAAGGUGGUUCAUGAAAGCCCAGCAUGUGGAUCCAGAGGAGGCGGUCAGGAUUCACAUUGAUGUCCAGGCAAAACGUUCGCUAGGCAUUCACUGGGGGACGUUUGCUUUAGCUUAUGAGUUUUACUUGGAUCCACCUGUUAAACUUAAAGAAGCCAUGGAGAGAUACGGACUGAACCACGACAACUUCUUUGUUUUAAAGCAUGGAGAAUCGAAAGAUUUGAAUGUUGAGGAAGACGCGUUUGAGUGAAGCGGAGAUGGCACUGACUAGAUUUAAAAGAGGGGUCUCUAACCAAUCUAUGUUACUUAAUUGAACCAAUUAUUGACUUAAUUAGUCAAGAUUAACAGGUGUUCCAUAUCUUUAGCUACUGAUCAU